GCAUUUCCACUCCUCACAAUCGAAGGCAGUAUUGUAACAGAGGAUAUAAACGUUGACGACUUCAUCCCAGUUUCUGUCACACUACUGCGGCGCGAAGAGUCAAAGACCAUCUCAGUGACAGCUAGAGAUGACGACGUAGCUUUAGAGGGUGGCGACAAAUCAUUCUGAGGCACACAAGUGGUAUCAAUAACUAUGUGGAUGCAGUGGAACAAAGGGGGAGUUAUCCGCUACACCACAGAAGUCAUCAUCAUUGACAAAAACGAACUACUGCUGAUUAAUGUGGAGAAGUCAUACACCGUGUUGGAGAACAACAUAACAGAGCGUAAUCUCACGGUUACAUGGCAGGAGAACCUGUCAAACCAGAAGCCCAUCAUUCUGAAACUCACAGGGAGAAGUCUGGACGUCAGUGGCGUCAAUCAGGAUAAUAUCGCAAGGCCAGGACAGGAUUUUGUCGAGGACACAGUAGACUUUGUAAUCCCAGAAAACAGAGUUGGACAGUAUGAUAUCAGCCUAUUCGACUUCAUUAUCAACGACGGCACCGUCGAACACACGAUUCAAAGCUUUGAUCUGGAAAUAAAGGCUGCCACAGAAGGAGUUGUGUUUGACUCAGAGAAUUCUACUGAGACAGUGACUGAGGUGGCAAUAGAGUGCACUGACAUGGCUGAGAUUCGUCUCAACAUGUCUGAUAUCGAAUUCAACGAAGAAGACGAAGGUCCAUUUAAUGUGUGCGUGAUCGUAGAGAGUGAAGAAGAUGAUUGUCCA